AGCACUGGACACACACACACACACAGAGCUGCAGAGAGCGACCCAAGUGUGCACAGUCCCACUAACCAGAGGGGAACCCCCCACCCCCUCCCUACCCUGAGCCGACACCAGCACCGCCCGCGGGUACCACCACCAGCACAUCAUUGCGACCCACAGAGUUUAACAUAAAUGGAUACUGGUAUGGAUUACGAACGGCCUAAUGUUGAAACUAUCAAGUGUGUUGUAGUUGGUGACAAUGCUGUCGGAAAGACCCGACUGAUUUGUGCAAGAGCAUGCAAUGCCACCUUGACACAGUACCAACUGCUCUCCACCCAUGUCCCCACCGUGUGGGCAAUUGAUCAAUAUCGUGUUUGCCAAGAGGUCCUUGAACGUUCCCGUGAUGUUGUAGAUGAAGUUAGCAUAUCGCUCAGGCUGUGGGAUACGUUUGGUGACCACCAUAAAGACAGGCGUUUUGCAUAUGGCAGGUCCGAUGUGGUGGUCCUGUGCUUCUCUAUUGCUAAUCCAAAUUCCCUUAACCAUGUUAAAACAAUGUGGUUAACUGAAAUCAAGCACUUUUGCCCACGAACACCUGUUGUUUUAGUCGGCUGUCAGCUGGACUUGCGUUAUGCUGAUCUUGAGGCUGUAAAUCGUGCUCGACGCCCCUUAGCAAGACCAAUAAAACCCAAUGACAUUUUGCCCCCUGAAAAGGGUCGAGAGGUUGCCAAAGAACUUGGAAUCCCAUAUUAUGAAACAAGUGUGUUUGAUCAGUUUGGCAUCAAGGAUGUAUUUGAUAAUGCUGUCAGAGCUGCACUGAUCACUAGACGGCAUCUUCAGUUCUGGAAAUCUCACUUAAAGAAGGUCCAGAGGCCUUUACUCCAGGCACCAUUUCUACCACCAAAGCCACCACCUCCAGUAAUAAAAAUUCCUCAUUGUUCAGUAAGUGCUUAUGGGCCCAGUCAUUUGCUUGACAAUCCACUAUGUGCUGACGUUAUGUUUCUACUUCAGAACCAGAUUGAAAUUUAUGCUCACAAGGCAUACUUGGCUACCUCAUCCUCAAAAUUCUAUGACCUGUUUUUGUUGGACCUAACCUCUGGUUCUCAAGCUCAUGAUGGAAAAACUGAGAAACCAGGUAGAGAACAUUUGAUGAGAACCAUGAGCCUUGACACAGAUGAUGACUGCUCUGAGAUCAGUUCAAGUCCAAUGCAAUGCACUCUAAGAACAUCCAAGAGUGAUGGCACUUUGAAAAUGAUCAAGUAUGAGGAGGAAUCUUCAGCACUAAAGGUGCCAUCUGCAGGAAAGGUAUUAUCUUUCUGGAGCAAGGCUUUUAUUCAUAUUCAUGAAGAAGUCUUGAAAAACCCUAUAACACAGAGGACAGGUCUAAUAACAGUGGUCAGGAUGGAUUAUUCAAUCCAGCCAAGGCCUUUUGAAGCUGUAUUGCGAUUUCUCUACACAGGAGAGCUAGAUGAAAAUGAGAAAGAUCUGAUGAGAAUUGCACAAAUUGCUGAACUUUUGGAAGUUUUUGACUUGCGUAUGAUGGUUGAAAAUAUUCAAAACAAGGAAGCCUUCAUGAAUCAGGAGAUCACAAAGGCAUUUCAUGUCAGGAAAGCAAACCGAAUAAAGGAAUGCUUAGCAAAGGGAACAUUUUCUGAUGUAACCAUUAAGUUAGAAGAUGGGAGUAUUAAUGCCCAUAAGCCUUUGUUGAUUUCUAGCUGUGAGUGGAUGGCGGCUAUGUUUGGAGGGUCUUUUGUGGAAAGUUCAAACAAGGAGGUUUACUUCCCUAAUAUAAGCAAGGCUUGCAUGCAAGCAGCACUCGAGUACCUGUACACCAGCCAGUUAUUAUUCAACUCAGCUCUCGAUCCAAUUGAGCUGAUUGCCCUGGCAAACAGGUUGUGCCUUCCUCGUUUGGUGGCUCUCACAGAACAACAUGCUGUGCGUGACUUGCUGAAAGCAAUAAAAGAAUUUAUCGAUAUUGAUGAAGAAGUGUUGGUAUACCUGGAACUUGCCCAAUUUCAUAAUGGACAUCAACUGGCAGCUUGGUGUUUGCAUCAUAUCUGUACAAGUUACAACAGUGUUUGCUGCAAGUUCAGGAAAGAGAUCAAGUCAAAAUCUCCUGAAAAUCAAGGGUAUUUUGAAAAACACCGUUGGCCACCUGUGUGGUAUCUUAAGGAAGAAGACCAUUACCAACGAGUGAAAAAGGAGCGUGAAAAAGAGGAGGUUGCACUUCACAAGCAUCACUCAAAACGCAGGUGGUGCUUCUGGAGCCCAUCUACAAUUGCCUAAAAUAGAGCUGAACCCAAGUAGAUGAUCAAUAGUAGUUACUAGCCAGAACAUUUUGUGCAUUGUUCUGUGGGGUAAAAUAAAAAUCACCUUGUGUUUGUCUUAACUGUUUACUGUAAAAAUGGUUGACUAUGUUUGGAACAAUUUGCAAACCACAAUUGGUCUACCACAUGUAUUUUAACAAUCAUUGUUGCUUUCAAAGCACAAGUCCAGACAAUGCUGGUUCUAUGAAAACACUGCUGGGUCCUUGGGGGGGUGUGGGGGCGGGGGGUACCUUUAGAUUGUUUUAAAAUACUGUUAAUAUUGAUGAACUGUCAGUGGUAGCGUUUCUUUGGUUCUGAAAAGAAUUGCUCCUAUUGUUUUAACUCAAAACUAAAUAUUUAACUAUUUUUGUACUGGUGUUAGCUAUAUAACUUUGUUGUAACCAAAGUUGAAAAAGUAGUUUUAGUUUUUAGAAAACUAGAAGGGCUUAGUAACUAAAUCUAAACAGAGGUAAUUUACUUCUAUAUGGACCUAAAUACAUAAAAGCAGCUAGGAGCAGCUUCAACUCUUAUGCAUCAUUCCAGUUAUGCUGCUUUAUCUUGCUAUUAUUAAUGCAGUUAUGCACACCCAAAUGUUUGCUUAUUGAACAAUUUAAGCUACGUUUAACACAAAUGUUUUGAAAUGUUUAAGACUGAUAAAAAUGGAUUCUUCUGAGCAUUGAGAAUGCAGUGGUUGUAAAAGAUAAUUUAGUCUGUGUAAUGUUGAGCUAAAUACUAUUUUUGCCAAAAUCUUCUGGAUGUCACUUCAUUAUAUAAUGUAAUAUUCAUCUAUUGUGAAGUCUUCAGCUGCUGAAACCAAGUGGCUGGUUCAUUUGGUUGUUUUCUUUAGCCUUUGAUCUUUAUGGUUACUUUUCUUUUUGCAAUAAAAUGAAAAAUGUCAUGACUAGCAUUUUGUACAUUUAUCAGAAAUGUAAAAACAUAAGAUUGUUAA